AUGAGAAGUCGCAUAACUUGUAGCUUGGUCGGAGACGCAAUGGUGGGAAAAUCGCGCCUGUUGGCUUCUUUCCUUGGUCAAAAUAUCAUAGAUAUGUAUGCCCCGACCGUGUUUUCAACUCUCAAAGGAAUAAUGAAAGUGGGAGAAAAACAAUUAAAAGUGAAGUUUGUGGACACUGCUGGGCAGCAAGAAUACUCAAGAUUACGGGUGUUAUCCUACAAAAAGAGCGAUGUCUUUAUCCUGUGUUUCAGUGCAAUAGACAGACUGUCAUUCGAGCGAAUUCGUACUCUGUGGAUACCGGAAUUAGAAAGGAAUGUCGGGAAAAAGGUCCCCAUAUUCUUAGUGGCCACUCACAAAGAUCUCAAAUACGAUGAGUAUGUUAAAAAAUGUACUUGUAUUGUUUCCACAUCUGAAGGGGAAAACCUUGCUGCAGAAAUAAAGGCUGAGGGAUAUUUUGAAAUUAACACGGUGGACUCCUGUUGUGCAAGGAAAAUUUUUGAAUGUGCCAUGUGUGGUGUCCUUUGUAAUAGAAAGGGAUGCUUGCGAACUCUGAGAAAGUAUUUUUCAAGUAGACAUUGA